AUGUUGAGCUGUUUUGCCCUACGGUCAUUUAUCGCUUCUCUGGCGCAGUCCCAGGGCACAGUCCUGACACAUGGCCGGCGCGCAGCACUGGCUCUGUAUCAACGCUCAGUACUGGUGCAGGGGCAGCGUGCAGCAGGAGGUGGGCCAGGUGCAGGUGAUGGCGACUCAUCCAGAUCCUACAUACCACGUCGUGCACUUCUCUAUGUACCGGCAAGCAGUUCAAGGAUGCUCAGUAAAGUGGCGCAAAUCAAGGCUGACUGUGUUGUGCUUGAACUAGAAGAUGGUGUUGCUCUCAGUGCAAAAGCAGAAGCCCGCCGUAAUGUGCGUGAAUAUCUGGAUGCGUUGCUGGAGAAGGGCCCGCAUCAAUGCUAUGAGCUCGGUGUGCGUAUCAAUUCGGUGGCCAGUGGCCUGCUAUGCGACGACAUCGGGGAGGUAGCUGGAGCGAAACAUCUCCCGGAUGCAUUCAUGGUGCCGAAAGUUGAUUCUGUGGAUGAUUUAGCGGUUAUAUAUGGCGCAUUUCGAGCGGCUUAUGGUGAUGAGCGUAUCAAAAACUCGGUGAAUUGUAGCUCUGAUUCGCAGCCGAACGACCACGAGCUGUGGUUGCUUUGUAUUGGCGAUAGUAUCCCACGCAUAGAUAGCCAAGUGCUGAAUAAAUCGUACUUGUAA